AUGUCAACUGAAAUCACCACAUCUCCAAUACUAGUUGACUCUUCCAAUCUCAAAACGGACGACAACGAAACAAUUGGCAGUCAAAACGAGGCCACCAUAAAGAAGCUCUACAAAGCCUUGUCCCAAGGCGAGACCGAGGCAGUCUCAAAGCUCAUAGCCAGCGACCUCGAGUACUGGUUCCACGGUCCGCCGCGGUGCCACCACAUGAUGCGCGUGCUCACCGGGGAGUCCCCGAGCCACGCGGCCGCCUUCUGCUUCGACCCGAGGAGCGUCACGGCGGUCAGCGGCGCGUGCGUCAUAGCCGAGGGAUGGGAGGGUGCCAAGGCCUAUUGGGUCCAGGUUUGGACGGUCAAGGACGGCGUUGUGACGCAGUUUAGGGAGUACUUCAACACGUGGCUCACGGUCCGGGAUCUCCGGCCCCCGCCGCAGGCGGUUGGCCACCACCAGAGGUUGAGUACUAGUACGCUUUGGCAGAGCAUGCCUAGGGACCUCUUCCGCCGCUCCUUGCCUGGCCUUUUGCUUGCCAUUUAG